AUGCUCGUUGUAACUUGGAUCCUUACCACCUCCGCCGCUUCGCUGUUGCUGUCAGCAUCGUCUAUCCUCGCCGCCCCUAGCGAGGAGCCGCACCUUUAUGGCCGCCAGAAUAGGCCUGGUAUCGGCGCUGGACCUGCUACUGCCACUGAUGGCAGCACCAUUGUUGAAAACCAGGUUGUCAUCAAUGGGUUGAAUAUGAGAUUCAAGGUCUCUGCGCCGACCACCGAACUCGUUUCGACAGCUGGCGCGAAGAACGGAACCUUGGGAGUCAACAUCCUCUUCCACGGUGACGGAGGGACCUCAUUCUUCGACUUCCCUAACCAAGGAGUUAAAGGCGGCCUUAUGGGUGUCGCACUGUUGUCCCCGGACCCCGGUCUUAGAUGGGGUGGCUCUGGUCGCAAUCUGCAAAGGCAAGUACUUCCUGCAGUUGACUAUGAUUCGUCGCACGUACCAACGAAAUCUCUUCGGAUAGGCCCCAAGGUGUUGCACAUAGAACUGCCAAAAAUCGUCAACUUCGACAAAUCCAAGAUCUUCAUGGAAGGCAUCAGCGGUGGCGCGAUCAUGUUGAGCGGGCAUACCAUACCGGCUUUUGGUGCGUCCCUCGGUGUGAAGGGCGUGAUUAUGGGAUGCGGAGGAACUGCACCGCAGGUCCAAGUUCAAGGGGACAUCAGCAGCAUCAGGAUUCAUUGGCAGACGACGGUGAACGAGCUAGCCAGUCUUAAGCAAACGAUCCCCCAAGGUGUCGCUGCGUACUCGCAAAUCGCCACCAAUGCUGGCUUCUCGGCAGCUCAAGUAAACCAACUCCAAACGGCAGAUGGUUCUCCUAACGGAGGUCAUUGCGCGUUCGAUACGCGUGGUUUUGUGUCGGGGGUGCAACUGCUUACGGAUAACUUCGCCAGCAUACUCGCGGGGCAGGGUACAUUGAAUGGUGUUAGCGUUAACAAGGGCGUAGUCGGGGCUGGCAAUCUCUUCGGCAACGCCGGUGCAGCAAACGCCAACGCCAACGCCAACGCCGGGGCAACUACCCGGACAGGUGCCAAUACAGCAAACAGAGUCAACACAGCGAAUAGGAACACCAACACGCGGGUCAACAUGGCGAACAGGAAUCGCGUACAGAAUACAGGCGCUGCUAGCAGGAAUCGAGUCAACGCUGCCACCGCUAAUCGAAACCGAGUAGCCGCUCGACCCGCAGCGAACACCGCCAACCGAAAUCGUGUCAAUACUGCCAACCGGGGUCGAGUAGCUACCGCUGCCAGUGCUCGGAGGCUAGCAAAUGCGGCUCGUGUUGCUAGGCCAGCGGCAGGUCGUGUUACACAGACAGGCGCUGCACGGGGAAACGGCACGACAAGAGUGAACAGAGUGAACAACGGCGCUAGGACAGGUGCGACCAGGCGGGUCGCAGCCGCUAGGCCACAACAGCGAACUGCUUGA